CUUAAAGUCAUCAGCGCCCCACUGCGGAAUUCUAAGCUAAGCUGUCACAAUUGUUAACACCUUCUCUGACCAGCCUUUUUAUAUUUGACAAUAAUUCUCUUCUGCUCCUUUGUGCCAGCAAGAAGGUUCUACUGUCUUGGUUUUAGGGAGCCCACGCAUACAGCGGACAGCCCUUUUGUGUGCAGAAGUCGGGGAAAGAUUUCAACCCGCUCUCCUGCUUUGCAGGAUGCCGGUGCAGCUGACAACAGCCCUGCGUGUGGUGGGCACCAGCCUGUUUGCCCUGGCAGUGCUGGGUGGCAUCCUGGCAGCCUAUGUGACAGGCUACCAGUUCAUCCACACAGAAAAGCACUACCUGUCCUUUGGCCUGUACGGCGCCAUCCUGGGCCUGCACCUGCUCAUCCAGAGCUUGUUUGCCUUCCUGGAGCACAGGCGCAUGCGACGGGCCAGCCGGCCACUGAAGCUGCCCUCUCCCCGUCGGGGCUCGGUGGCGCUGUGCAUUGCUGCAUACCAGGAAGACCCUGACUACUUGCGCAAGUGCCUGCGCUCUGCCCAGCGCAUCGCCUUCCCUGACCUCAAGGUGGUCAUGGUGGUGGAUGGCAAUCGCCAGGAAGACGCCUACAUGCUGGACAUCUUCCAUGAAGUGCUAGGUGGCACUGAGCAAGCCGGCUUUUUUGUGUGGCGCAGCAACUUCCACGAGGCUGGUGAAGGUGAGACAGAGGCAAGCCUACAGGAGGGCAUGGACCGCGUACGGAACGUAGUGCGUGCCAGCACCUUCUCAUGCAUCAUGCAGAAGUGGGGAGGCAAGCGCGAAGUCAUGUACACAGCCUUCAAGGCCCUUGGUGAUUCAGUGGACUACAUCCAGGUGUGCGACUCUGACACUGUGCUGGAUCCAGCCUGUACCAUCGAGAUGCUUCGAGUCCUGGAGGAGGAUCCCCAAGUAGGGGGAGUCGGGGGAGAUGUCCAAAUCCUCAACAAGUAUGACUCGUGGAUCUCCUUCCUAAGCAGCGUGCGGUAUUGGAUGGCCUUCAAUGUGGAGCGGGCCUGCCAGUCUUACUUUGGCUGUGUGCAGUGUAUCAGCGGGCCCUUGGGCAUGUACCGCAACAGCCUCCUCCAACAAUUCCUGGAGGACUGGUACCAUCAGAAGUUCCUAGGCAGCAAGUGUAGCUUUGGGGAUGAUCGGCACCUCACCAAUCGAGUCCUGAGCCUUGGCUACCGGACUAAGUAUACAGCUCGCUCUAAGUGCCUCACAGAGACCCCCACUAAGUAUCUCCGGUGGCUGAACCAGCAGACCCGCUGGAGCAAGUCUUACUUCCGGGAGUGGCUCUACAAUUCUCUCUGGUUCCAUAAACAUCACCUCUGGAUGACCUACGAAUCAGUGGUCACAGGUUUCUUCCCCUUCUUCCUCAUUGCCACAGUCAUACAGCUUUUCUACCGUGGCCGCAUCUGGAACAUCCUCCUCUUCCUGCUGACGGUGCAGCUAGUGGGCAUUAUCAAGGCUACCUAUGCCUGCUUCCUUCGAGGCAAUGCAGAGAUGAUCUUCAUGUCCCUCUACUCCCUUCUCUACAUGUCCAGCCUCCUGCCAGCAAAGAUCUUUGCCAUUGCUACCAUCAACAAAUCUGGCUGGGGCACCUCUGGCCGAAAAACCAUUGUGGUGAACUUCAUUGGCCUCAUCCCUGUGUCCAUCUGGGUGGCAGUUCUUCUGGGAGGGCUGGCCUACACAGCUUAUUGCCAGGACCUGUUCAGUGAGACGGAGCUAGCUUUCCUUGUCUCCGGGGCCAUCCUGUACGGUUGCUACUGGGUGGCCCUGCUCAUGCUGUACCUGGCCAUCAUUGCCCGGAGAUGUGGGAAAAAGCCAGAGCAGUAUAGUUUGGCUUUUGCUGAGGUGUGACGUAGCCCCCAAGCAGAGCGGGAAAAGUGCAAUGGGUAAGGGAGGGAAAAGGGAAUGAAUGAGAAAAGAUGGGGUGGGAGGGAAGAGGGAGUGCUGUUUUAAUUUCUUAAUGGUCCAAAGGACAAAUCUAAAAUGCAAAGAAUGGUGACUGUAGUAUGGCCUGGGCAGCUCCACUUAGAGGAGGCAACACUUUUAAGAGGCUCAGAGCAGAGAGGUCUUGCAUGCUCUUGGGCUGCCCAUCUGCACAUAGGCAGUGGCCUCUGGGAAAGAUUCUGUUUCUCCUGGGAUCCGGAGGAAACUCAGUAGUGUGCUAACCAAGUAAGUUCAAUUCAGUGUCAACUUCUGAUAGGUAUAUGAGCAAUGACAGCCUGAGGGAAGAGGCUCUCCUAACUGAUAAAAAUGCAACCAGAGGUGGCAAGAGAAUGUCUGUGGAGAGGUCUGGCCAGCUAGUGUCCCCCCAAACCCCCUCCCCAGCCAUCAAUGCAAUAAGACUGUGCCUGAGAUACAAGGCUUAGCAGAAGCCUGAUCUUUGGGCAUCAGAAAACAGGGUCCAGGAAUGGUGCUUUACAUGAUGUACCCCACUCCACAUCUCAACAUCCCAGGGAUGAACCAAACCAGCAGGAAGUUAGCACUGAACUGCUUCUAAAAGUAUGUAUUAAAAAGGAAAGUUUGCCAGGAAGAACAAAGAGGUGGUACUAAAGGGCAUGGGCUAUAUGGAGGCCUUGCGUAUUCCACCUGGAAAUUGCUCAAACUUCUGGAUGGAUUCUUGGCUUGUCUGUGAUCUCUGCUGGGGAGAUAAAAUGUUUUAGUCAUCAAGAAGAUUAAAACCUAACAAGUUCAGAAAGGAAGUGAGGUCUUGGAUAUUUUAACCUGUAUAGUCCUGAAUUCCUCUGAAAUUCGCUCUGAUUUGAGGCUAAGACAUCCUCUUCCCUUUUUCAAAGGCCCAUUAUUUUAACUACAGCCACCUUUUCCACCCUGAUCAUGUUUUUCAAGGUGGCAACUGGAGCAGGACCAGGCUGUUACAGGACUCUCUGCUCUCAGCACAUACGGGAAAUGCUCUGAGCUUCUGACCAAACUGGCUACAACCUUGGACCUGGGCAGGAUUCCUUGGCAGCUGGGUUAGCAUGCAUGACUUUUCAGGCUACUGUUCUUGACAAUCAUCUCCAGUGGAAAGGUUUUCUGUGUUUCCAAGUUGAACCUUUGGAUUCAAGCUAAGGAUCUUCGAGACUCUAUUCUCCUUAGUGGAAUUCUAUAGCCAGGUUGCAGAGAGUAUUUGCGUGCUUCUUUCCAGAAACCAAACUAGAAGAUGGAAUUGGUUCCUACAUCCUAAGGUUCUUGUUUUCUCACGGUGGUUCAAAGCUGUUCAGUUUCCCUUGGCUACUUUUGAAGAGUAAGGGAAAGCCAUUUUCUAAUGACUGGCAACUUACAGACUGUCCUCAGCAGUGGGAUCUUGACUCAGCCUUUGACUUAAAGAUUGCUUUCUCAAUCUCUCCAAACAUCCACUCUCAUAGGGGCCAGCUAACCCCUCAGAACCAGCACUAAGGUGGAGAGUAGUUGAGGGGGCAAGCCUCUAGUGUACCCAGGUGCUUCCAACAAAGAAAGUGUUCUGAGCCACAGAUGGGCAAACCCUGGUGCUUUCCUUCUCCCCUUAACUCAAGGGUUUUCCAGGUUUAGCUAGCAGUUGCAACAUCACACAGACCUGGAGUUGCUUUUAAGACUGUUGGCUGGCAUCAGACCCAAUCCAGGAAAGCUGGGAGGCAGCAGGCAUUUGCUAAACGCAGCUCUACUAGCCAAGAAGAAAACAAUUUUGAGCACUACAGUGGAGGAAAUCCGGUCAGCCAACUGCAGAGCUCCGACCUCACUAAGGGCUUGUUUUUCUUCAGCUUUUACUUGAAGGUUAAUGUAGGAUGAUGGAAACUGGAUGGAGAACUCCUGGCUGUCCUACCAUCAGCUCUGCCUUGCACUGUGGUCAACGUUCCUCAGCUCAAAAGUAGGCAGGUACAGGUAGUGAGCUCACAAGGUUUGACCUCAACUCCUUUUUCUAAGUUAUUUUGUACAUUUUUCAGCAGCAAAACCAAACUGGGUCUUCAGCUUUAUCCCCGUUUCUCGCAAGGGAAGAGCCUUUAUACAAUUGGACACAUUUUGGUUUUUCCUCAUUGAGAAUUUUAAUCCUCUUUUGUAUUGUUUCUACAAUAAUUUGUAAACAUAUUUAUUUUUACCUGCCUUUUUUUACUUUUCAGGUCAAAUUUUUUAUACUGCACUUGUCAAAAUAAAGAUUCUCACAUAAUACUGGUAUCUGGACUACCUCUUUUGUACUUAGUGAAAGUUCUUUAUUCCAGUUCCAAAAGAGGAAUUAGUAGGAACAGUUUUGUCAAUGGGACUCAAGUAGGAAAUGUCACAGCUGCCUCUGUCUGGACUCGGAAAAUAUACUAUGCCCACCCUGAUACCUCCACACUCAUGGCAGUUUAACUUUUAUGUACAGGUGGGGCAGAAUCUUUGGUGAAAUAACUGGCAGGUGAGUCCUUGCUAAGGCUGAAAAACCAAAGCUUGCUUC